AUGGCUCGGCGGAUGGAGUUUCAUAAGAGGCAGCAGCAUGCUGGGGAGUCUGUAUCUGCAUUUCUGGCUGAACUGCGGAAGCUCGCUCAGCACUGCGACUUCCAAAAUCUGGAAGAGACUCUCCUGGAUCGGUUUAUCGGUGGUCUGAGCAGCAAGAAGGCCAGAAGACGCAUCGUGGCUAAAGAAGAGGUUACCCUUGCUUCAGCCUUGAAGGAGGCCACCGCCACGGAGAAUUAUGAAAGAGAGGAGCUUGAUGCCAGUCGCAAGGCCCCUAAGCCACAGAUAGAAGUUGCGCAUGCCAUGGACGAGCUAGAGGCUACUCCGAGCCAGAGCCCAGUCCGUGGGGUCGAGUCA